AUGAAAGUCAAGUCACUUAUUGAAAAUACUUCUAUUGAAGAGAUUUGUGCGAAUAACGUGGCAUAUUUAAACAAUAACCUCGAUCAGAUUAUUUCCACAUACCAAGGUAAGCUGGAAAUUCAACAGUCAUCCUGCGUUGACAACAGCAUCUUUUGUUAUAUCGGACAUUUAUAUGAAAAAAAGAACGAUCCUGUCAAAGAAGAACAAUGCUGUGGACUUGCAAUGGUAGAUUUCAAACAGAAUAAACAUAUCUGUAAACAUACAGUUCCAUGUUUUACCACAUUUGCUCAAUUUUACAUGAGAACAGAGAAUUUUUUCUCGACUGUUCGUGCUUAUGAUGACUUGAUCCAAACAUUUGGUUAUAUAGAGUCCUUCUUCAUUUCACCGUACUUCAAUAUUUCCUGUUGUACGAACACUCAUCGGAAGACGGUUAUUAUCCUUUUCGAGCAUUUGAUUCAAACAAUCCUUAAAGAACACAAUGAUUAUCUCGGUGUUGAUAAAGAAUUUCAAAAGGCUCUCGACAUUUGUAAGAAUCUCGACGAUUCAAUUUUGGUUGAAACAUAUUCAUCCUAUCUAGAAAUCAUGUUGCGGUAUCGAUGCAUAUCACAUCAUGCUCAACUCUCUGCUAUUGAACCACCCUUUUGUCAAGUCUUGAGUAUUUAUAAAGCAUAUAACAAUACGCGACGAGUAAUAUGUACUUAUCAAAAGUUUCUGGAAUUGAUUAUCAGUACUAUAACAAAUUAUGCUACGUUCGUAGAUGCUGUUCAACAUCUGGCUCUUGAUCUAGAAACAGCUCAACUCGUAAAUGAAGCCCUCGGCAUGCAUAUGCGAUUCGCUCGGUUUAUUCUGACGUGUAAUACGAAAGAAACGAUACUGAAAGUUGGUUUCAUCAUUGUACGAUAUCAAUUGCUUGCAAAAAACGGAGCUUAG